CUUUCGUCAGAUCGCCAGAGAGGACGGUAUUCUCAAGUGACUUUCUCUUGUAGUUGUACUACAAAGUACGAGUUAUACUAGGAGAAUCAUGUCCGACGUUAAGGAAACGCCUCCUUUCAGCGCUAAUGUUGGUCGAAAUGAGGAUGAUAAUGACGAUUUGUUUUCGUCUGCAUUAGAGUCUCAGACUAUAGGAAAUACAUCAUUGUCAUUAGAUAACCAUAAUGAGGAUGGAAGUAAUAGGAACUUAGAAAACUUGUUUCAAGGAGGUGGAGAAGAGGUUAAUCUUGAUGAUGAUGGUCCUCCAGUUAGUCCAGAGACAAAAUUUGAAUUCUGUACUCCUGAAGAAGAAAGAAAAUCUCCAUUCUUGGAAUCGUCAUCUGAUGAUAAAAUUACAGAACCUUCUGCUCCUGCUGAGAUAACUCCAACUGGACCCCCAAAACCAGCUGCCAGGAAGGCAGCUAAGUCACCAGAAGAGCUAGAAGAAGAAAGUGGGGACCAGUUUCUGAAUAUUUCAAUUAAUGAACCUCAGAAAGUUGGGGAUGGCAUGGGAGCUUACAUGAUAUACAGGGUGGAGACUAAAACUAACUUUCCAUAUUUCAAAAACAAAAAUAUGAUAGUCUCUCGUCGAUUUAGUGACUUUCUUGGCUUACACGAUAAACUCGUACAGAAACAUCUUCAUCUGGGCCGAUUGGUUCCCCCUGCACCUGAGAAAAGUGUUAUAGGCAUGACAAAGAUAAAAAUGAGUAAAGAUGAAUCGGGAAGUUCCUCUGAUUUUGUUGAAAAAAGACGAGCAGCCUUAGAACGCUACCUGAAUCGCACAGCAAAUCACCCUGUUCUUCGUUUGGAUCCAGAUUUUCGAGAAUUUUUAGAACUUGAGUCUGAUCUUCCUCGAGCAACCAGUACAUCUGCAUUAAGUGGAGCAGGAGUUAUGAGAUUGUUUAACAAAUUUGGGGAAUCAAUGAGCAAGAUGACUUUUAAAAUGGACGAGUCAGACCCAUGGUUUGAAGAAAAACAACAUCAAAUGGAAAAUUUGGAACAACAACUUCGUAAGCUACACAAUAGCGUAGAGGCCCUGGUUCACCAUCGCAAAGAGCUGUGCAACACCACAAAUUUGUUUGCUAAAAGUAUAGCCAUGUUGGGGAAUUGUGAAGAGCAUACUGCCCUUUCUAGAGCACUCUCUCAGCUUUCUGAAGUUGAGGAUAAAGUGGAGCAAGUGCAUAUGAGUCAAUCAAACAAGGACUUCUUCUUAUUAGCAGAGAUGUUAAAGGACUAUAUUGCACUCAUUGGGACUAUUAAGAGUGUAUUCCAUCAACGAGUGAAGGUUUACCAAACAUGGCAACAUGCCCAGCAGAUGUUAACCAAAAAACGAGAACAGAAAGCAAAGCUGGAACUUGCUGGUAAAACAGACAAAAUUGCUCAAGCUCGAGAAGAAGUGACAGAAUGGGAAUCCAAAGUAGAAAGCGAUCAAGAAGAGUUUGAAAAUAUUUCCAAAAUGGUUCGAAAAGAAGUGGAACGCUUUGAACACUGUCGUAUACAAGAUUUCAAGGAUACAAUUGUCCAAUACAUGGAGUCUUUGUUGAACAUUCAACAACAGCUUAUUAAACACUGGGAAGCAUUUCUUCCUGAAGCCAAAGCCAUAUCUUGAAGUUCCUGCUCGUUACCAAACAGUCUUAGUCCAUUUCUACAAAUCAAGCAUGAUUUGUUUUUCAAACCAAAUUUUUUUUCUUCUCUCUCUCUCUCUUUUGCAAAUUGAUGUACUCUAAAAAAUAUGAAAAAAUUAUGGGGUACAGUUAUAAGGUAAUGAGCUUUCAUCAGAGUAAUUUUUAAAAAAGCAUUAAAUGUGCUCUGAACAAUUUCUAUUCAGAUUUAUCAUGGAAAUAAAAAUAUUUGUUUAGAAUACAGCUUUCCAGGUAUCAAAGAGUAAUUUGUUUAUAUAUGUAUGUAUAAUUAUACAAAUAAUAUGAAAAAUAUAUAUGAUAUUCAAAAUCUGAAAAUGGUGCAAAUACUUUAUAUUAGUAUAUACAUGUAUGCAUAACUAUUUUUAACGAACCAAUAAAACUAUUCAGGAGUGAUGCAUUUAUAUUAAUUAUUCAAAUUUAAUGUUGUAAGCUAAUUUUCCAUAAAAUAACUGUAUUGCAAAUUUUAUAUAUUUUUUCACAUGAAGUGGUUUAGGAAUCCCACUUUACAAAUGGUUGAAAUUAUGAAACUUAAAUCUGUUUCUUUUCAACAUUCCAUGGUGUUGCUGGUUAACUUUGAUUCUUAUCUCCGUGUUUUGGGAUUUUCUUAUUGUGCAAAAUUGUUCUUAAUGGAAAGAAUUUUUUCAGCUGUUAACCUAUCUUAUCUAAUUGAAUGGACUCACCAUGAACAACAGUUUUUUUUAUUAUUAUUAUUAAUAUUGUUUUGGUAGAAAUUUAAAAUGUAUAUUUGUUAUUUUUUAAGAAUAAGAGAAGUUUUCUGACAUAUUACCUGCUUUUUGGCUUUAUAAAUAAACUUAUGAGAAAUGUGCUGUUUAGUUUAAAAUUCUUGACCUUGAUUUAAUGUUGUGAUGGCUACCUUACUGUAAGCACAUUUUUUAGGGAGCUUUUUACUGUUAAGGUGGGAUGGUAUUGUAAUGUAAGAAAAUUUGAGAAUUUUUCAAGUAUUGGACUCUUGCUGCUUACCAUAAGUCAAGGAGUACAGUUUUUUUAUUCAGACAGAAAAUAUACUUCUUUAAGCAUAAUUAAUGCUAAGCAGUUUUCUUUCUGUUUUUACAUAGUUGUUUAUAAACCUUAAAUAUUUUAUUGGUUUUCUUUCAGUUGAGUACUCAUAAAACAAAAAUGCAAAAUUAAUCAUUAACAUGUUUCUUGAUAAAACAUGUUCAUUUUGAUUUCUGUUAAAUAUCAGUGAUUUUUCUCCUAUCGAAGGCUGCAAUAAAAAUACUUGUAUGAAUAAAUAAUAAUGUAAAAGUGUUCUAUAAUAAUAUAACAACACAUGGAGAAUGAUGUAUUGAAAAUUCUUGUCAUGAGACAACCAUUUUUUUUUCUGUGUAAUUUUUAGUUAAAUGGAUUGUUUUACUCUGGUUUCAUAUUUGGAUGUACUGUAGCUAAUCAUUGGAUUCUUCUGAUGUUCUUUUUUGGUUCAUCAAGUUAGAAGAAAAAAUAUUAUUUCAGUUAAAGAAGCGGAUAUGACUAAUUUAUGAAGUGUAUAAUGAUUUAUGACUACAUUAUUGAAGAUAGUUAUAAAGUUAUUCCAACUUCUAAUAGUUUAAAGUAUUAAUGUAAUAUGAUAGUUAUCCUUCUUUAUUUUUCCAAUUUAAAAAUUUACACCUGAAAAGCUGAAGAAUGUGUCAGUUGUUUAUUAUUCCACUUUACAGUUAGUAAUGCUGAUUGAAAUUUGGACUAAUGUACAAUUUCAGUUAAACAGGAAAUGAUAUGCUUAUUUUUGUUUUGUUGAUUAAAUAUAUUGCUUAACAUGCAACAUAAGUAUGCAACUGAUUUCUGUAAUCAGUUUACAGUGAAAAAUUUCACAACAUUAGUAAUACUGUUUAGAAUUGGUAAACAUCAUGUAAGAAUUUAUACUUGCUCAUGAAUUAAAUAAUUAGAAGUUCUGGAAUGUUUUAUUCUUAACAGAGGAUAGAAUUAGUGAUUGUAUUAUAAGUGUCAAAGUUCUGAGUACUGUGCCUUAAUUCAUGUGGUAUAUAACCUUUUUCUGUUUAAUUAUGUUUAUGAAAUAAGAAACAGUAUGGAAGUAUUAUUACACCACAUUUGCUUGGCUAACAAUUAAAGUUGGAAAAUUUAUGUAUAUUAAAUAGUAACAGGUGCAUUUGUUCAUGUAAUUUCCUUUUAUGGGAGAUAUAUAUAUAUAUAUAUAUAUACCUGGAUAUAAAUAUUUGUUCAUUUGAAAGUCAAAUAACUAUGUAUUAUUGGAGUUUAUGCUCUCAGUCCAACAUUAUUUACAUAUGUUAUAAGUUAUCAAUAAUGAUAAGUCUCAUUUGUGGCCAGUUUUGGCCAUAAUCUUUUUAAAAAGGUUUGCUCUUGCUAUGUUUUUUUCAAUCAAGGUGUAAGUCUGGUUAUAAUGAGAAACAGGUUGUUUUCUUGGGAGUGUAAAUUAUGCAAGCAGUUAAUUAAAAAAAACAACAUAAAAACUA